AGUGCUUUUUAUAACUGCGGACUUUGUUAAAUCGAACCCUGGCAAAUAUGACUGUGAUGACGAAGUUCGUAUGGUGGCAUUUAACUUUAUUAAAAUGUGUGGAGACUUGCAUUUAUGCAAACAAAUAACAGAAGUUUACGAUUUGCAUAAAAUAUCAGAAACGAUCUCAUCUGUACUCAGAGACAUGGCCUCGAAGGAUAUGUACAAAGAAGCUUUAUACUGGGCAUCAAGUUUAGAUAUAAUGGAUAAAUUUGAAACGGAGGAACUCCUUUUUCCCCUUAUUUUACAAGAGAAGACUACCGUUGUGGAGACUUGCAUUGCUGACAAAGAAGCUGAACAAGUUAGGCUUGUUAAGUUCUUAGAUACAUUAAUUGAUAAGAAAAAAAGUGUUGUAGAAUACUGCGAACCUAUAUUUUGCAAAUAUAACAUAACAGUGAUUCGAAGUGCUUAUAUGAACAUACGUACAAUGUCAAAAUUGGUAUCCAGAUUAUCGAAGAAGUACAACAUAAGUAGCGAGCAUAUACCUAAUUUUAUUUUUGGACACGAAUGUAGUAGCUUACGCUAUUACUAUCAUGAGUUUAAAGACGGUAAAAUAAGUGUAGAAGCAUUUCGUGAACAACUCAUGAUCACUUCAAAUGUCGAAGUACAUAAAAAUUUAUUAUACCAUAUCUGUGAUUACGAUGUAGAGGAGGCAGUUCAUUGGGCACGUGUUAUCAAUUUACCACCUGAUGAUUGUCCCGAAUUAGUACAACAAACAUUAUUAAAUCACCAAACCACAGAAAGUACAAAUAGUCAAUAUGUCUAUAAUUCGAAUUUAAAUGAUAAAAUACCUAAAGAGGGUUAUAUGACUCUCGAUACGAAUGCCGUUAAAAUAUUACACGUUGAAUGUAAUCAAGAAAUGUUGGACAUGAUAAAUCAUCUAGAAACUCAACAAAUAAUAAGUUUCGAUUCCGAGUGGAGAUCAACUGUUUGUGUUGACGCAAGUGUUUCUCUAUUGCAAGUGGCCACGUACGACAAUGUAUACAUUAUAGAUUGUGAUUCAAAUAAUAUAGCCGCUGAUUUAUGGACAGCUUUCUGGCAAAAAAUUUUUAACAAUACUGAAAUUCUUAAAUUAGGAUUUUCUAUUGCUCAUGAUCUGCAUAUGCUCACAAAAUCGCUUAAAUUAAAAACUCUUAUGCAAUACAAUUCAUCUUAUUUGGACAUACAGACUUAUUAUUCAAAGUUGAAAUGGAGAUCUAUAAAAUUUCCGUACGACUACAGCGAUGUUAGUGGCGAAAGCUUGAGUUCAAUAGUACAACUUUGUUUUGGCAAACAUUUAAAUAAAAGUGAACAGCGUUCAAACUGGGCUAUUCGGCCUCUGCGACCUGAGCAAGUUAUGUAUGCAGCAUUGGAUGCUUACUGUUUACUUCAAAUCUACAAUGUUUUCAAUGAACUCUUGACGAAGGUUGGCAUUAAUUCGGAAGACGUUGUCAAUAACAUUUUGAUGAAUCAUGAGCAUUCCAAGAAAAAACGUCGCAAUAAAACUCCAAAAAAACAGAAAAAAGAAGAACACGAGACGGUUAGGUAGGAUCAGGAUCGUAUACUAUUGCUGAAUUUGAAUAGAUUGUGUUUGCAGAAGUAUAUCCUAGUAUAUUGUUUUUGAUAAAAUUUUUGUAUACAAUUAUUAGAAAUAAAUGACUUGUUGGUCAUUAACAAUG